AGCUGUAAUUAUACGUGUUUUCGUCCAAUAUUUUUGUGAUUUUUGUAUUGUAAUCGAACAUGAUUGUGUGAUGAUAGAGUGGUGAUAAAUGCGUUAAACGAACAUGUCGAGCCGCCGUUCGAUGCUCGGUUCGGCGCUGGACUCUCUGCCGGCGCCGUCGGACCCAUUACGGGAUUUAUUCGAAGCUUGCAAAAUCGGAGAUGUAGCUCGAGCUAAGAAGCUAAUAACUCCGCAAACUGUUAAUGCUAGGGACACAGCUGGGCGGAAAUCGACACCUUUACACUUCGCUGCAGGCUAUGGUCGUAGGGAAGUCGUGGAGCUCCUUAUCGCGGGUGGGGCAGCCCUGCAGGCCAGGGAUGAGGGCGGGCUCCAGCCACUUCACAACGCGUGCUCGUUUGGGCACGCGGAUGUCGUGCGUGCUCUACUCACGGCCGGCGCUCCGCCUGCUGCGAGAGACAACUGGGGAUACACGCCUCUGCAUGAGGCAGCUGCUAAGGGGAAAGUUGAUGUCUGUAUCGCCUUACUACAGCACGGUGCGGAGCCGAAUAUAAGGAAUACGGAAGGCAAGACUCCACUCGAUCUAGCUGACUCCGCUACCAGGCCUGUUCUUACAGGUGAAUACUGCGCAGCGGAUGUGCUAGAGGCCGCUCGAUCAGGCGCUGACGAUAGGCUAGCGUCCCUUUUAACUCCCCUUAAUGUUAAUGUACACGCCAGUGAUGGUAGAAGGUCAACGGCCCUGCAUCUAGCAGCGGGGUAUAACAGAGCACGGGCGGUUAGGCUGUUGCUACAGAGGGGAGCUGACGUACAUGCUAAGGAUAAGGGAGGCCUAGUACCUUUGCACAACGCGUGUUCGUACGGCCACUACGAGGUGACGGAGCUACUUGUAAGGGCAGGCGCUGACGUCAACGCGACAGACCUUUGGGCCUUCACGCCCUUACACGAGGCGGCCAGCAAAGCGAGGCUUGAGGUUUGCUCCCUUCUACUGAGCGAAGGCGCGGACCCCACUCUGCUCAACUGUCACGGGAAAUCGGCUUUGGACGUAGCACCCACCAGGGAACUGAGGGAUCGACUGGCGUUCGAGUACCGAGGUCACUGCGUGCUAGAAGCCUGCCGACUGGCUGAACCGGCGCGAGUUAAGAAGCAGCUGUCGACAUUAGGGCAACAGGAUAUAUCCUCGAUCCAUUGCACCCAGCAGGCCCCGCUGCCGGUCCCCAGCGAGCGUGUCACCGAGCUGGCAAACUACCAGCACCUGGGGACUGGGGACAGACCGUUGCAUUGCGCCGCGGCCAGCGUGUACCCGAAGAGGAAACAGGUUAUGGAAAUCUUGAUAAGGAAAGGCGCACGAGUCAAUGAGAAGAACAAAGACGGACAGACGCCACUACACGUGGCGACCGAGAACGCACACCUUGACGCCAUGGAUCUAUUGCUGAGGCACGGUGCGAAAGUGAACGCGUGCGACGGUCGCGGCGAAUCCGCGCUGUCGCUAGCCGCACGUCGCGACUCCGCCGCGGCGUGCAGACUGUUACUGGCGUGUGGGGCUCACGCCCCCGACACCAGGGCGGACUCGGACGAUGCGUGCUCGAACGCGGCAGCGCUGCGGUUGCUGGAAGCCGCGCGGACGGGCGACGUGGAAACCGCGCGGACGAUACUGGACGCGCGGCCGAGACUCGUGAACUGCCGAGACGUGGACGGACGGCACUCGACGCCCCUACAUUUCGCUGCCGGGUACAAUCGACUGCCGCUGGCGCAACUUCUACUGCAGAGAGGGGCGGACGUCCAUGCCAAGGAUAAGGGAGGCCUGGUACCUCUGCACAACGCGUGCUCGUACGGGCACUUCGAGGUGACGGAGUUACUGGUGUCAGCGGGGGCGGGGGUCAACGCGGCCGACCUUUGGCGGUUUACCCCGCUACAUGAGGCCGCUGCUAAGGGCAAGGCGGACAUAGUCAGGCUACUGCUCAAGCACGGUGCUGACCCGACGCGCCGCAACCGUGACGGCUUAACGCCGCUGCAGCUGGUGCGAGCGGGCGACAGCGACACUGCGGACGCGCUGCGAGGUGACGCCGCGUUGCUGGACGCAGCCAAGCGAGGGGACCUCGCCAGAGCCAAGAAAUUAAUAACACCGCAAAAUGUCAACUGCAGGGACUCGCACGGAAGGAAUUCCACGCCCCUCCAUCUCGCUGCGGGCUACAACAACCUCGAAGUGGCUGAAGCGCUGCUGGAAGCGGGUGCCGCGGUUUCCGCGCGAGAUAAAGGGGGGCUGGUGCCCCUCCACAACGCGGCUUCCUACGGCCACGUGGAGCUGGCGGCGUUGCUGCUGAGGGCCGGAACCCCCCCCAACGCGGCGGACCGGUGGGGCUUCACCCCCCUCCACGAGGCCGCACAUAAAGCCCGGACGCAGCUGUGCGCCUUAUUGCUGGCACACGGAGCUGACCCGUUCCUCAAGAACCAGGAAGGUCAAACGGCCCUGGAACUGGCGGGAGCUGACGAUGUCAGAUCCCUCCUCCAGGAUGCGAUGACAGGCAGCGCGGUCGCGGGCUCGGAGCACAACGUGGCGCCCCCCUCCCCAGCGCCAUUACCACCCCCCCACUGUCCAGUGCUGCUGCCCAGCGGGGAUACAGUGCCUCUACCAUUACCUGUUAUUCCCACGAACUACUGGGCGGAAGGUUCCCGCGGUAGUUUAGAGGAUGCGGCGGGCAGACCCGCUUCGGCGCUCUCUACAUCUGAAUCUCUACAAACUUUCUUGACCAGUAUCGGCUUGGAACAGCUGUCCUCGGUUCUGGAGCGGGAGCAGAUCACCGUGGAUAUCUUGUCGGAGAUGUGCCACGAGGACCUGCGGGCAGUGGGUGUGGCCGCUUACGGGCACCGACACCGGCUGAUCAAGGCGGCACGACACAGCUUGCAGACACACUCCGAAUGGUACGGCGGCACGACUCUAGUGGACGUCACCCCCAGCACCGAAGAGUGCGGAGAGAACGGAGAGAGCGAGUUCACUGUUCUGGAGAGGGAAAUGCAAGCCGGAGUACGUUUGCACAGGGACCACGCCGGCGGACACUUCACAAGAUACAACAUUGUUAGGAUACAGAAGCUGGUGAACGGACGCCUGUGGGAGCGGUACCAGCACAGGCGGCGCGAGGUGACCGAGGAGUCCGGUGCCACAAACGAGCGGAUGCUUUUCCACGGCUCGCCGUUCAUUAACGCGAUCGUGCAGAAGGGCUUCGACGAGCGACACGCGUACAUCGGCGGCAUGUUCGGCGCGGGUAUAUACUUCGCGGAGCACUCGUCCAAGAGCAACCAGUAUGUUUACGGCUUCGGAGGCGGUUCCGGAUGUCCGGCGCACAAAGACCGCUCCUGCUACCUUUGCCACAGACAAAUGCUGCUGUGUCGGGUCACGUUAGGACGCGCCUUCCAGCUCGCGAGUGCUAUGAAAAUGGCGCACGCCCCGCCAGGCCAUCACAGCGUGGCGGGCACGCCCUCGCACGGUGGCCUUUGCUUUCCUGAGUAUGUGGUGUAUAGAGGAGAACAGGCUUAUCCAGAAUACCUGAUCACCUACCAGAUAGUGUGCGAAGAGACCGCCACGGGCGCGGUGUGAGUGUCAAGGGACAUUGUUUAACGUACAGUAUUACGGAAAUGUAUGAAAAAUAAAUACAAUUAGAUUACGCCGAUCGCUCGUUGCGAAUGACGUCAUCGGUACGCGUUCGAAACGCAUUUUCAUUGGAAUGAAACGUUUUCAUGAAGCGCUGCGUAUGUGAGGGAGAUUUCAAAAAAGCAUGCCAGAAGUGGCCCUUUGUGGGAAUCAUUAUAGAUGCGGUGGAUAUAUUUCCAUUGCUCGAUAGAAAGAAAAUUGUCGGUGCGGACGAUUUCUAAAAUGCAUGCCGGAAUUGGAAGGAACACUUUGGGGCUGGAGCCCAUUUUAAUAAGUUAGGAACACAAUCUGCUUGCGGGCUACUUCCAUAAAACAUGCCGGAAAGCCCGCAUUGGGGAACAUUAAUCCAUUUUAUUUGAUCGAUACAGAGCAUGCUUGAGGAAACCAUUUUGCAUGCGGGCGAUUUCUAAAAAGCAUGCUAAUAAGCACACCUUUCAGAAAUCGUCGGGUGAUAUUUCAUUGGUCGUAAGCCAUCCGAUGGGUAUUUCCUGUGUGCUGUGCCAAAAAAUUUAAUACUACGGGAGAUUUUCCCAAACGCAUGCCGAUCACUGCCACGUUGGUGAAAUGGUUAGCCUUUUAAACUACCGUGACCUACAGAACAUGUUGCGUUGUUUAGUUUUUUUGUUAAGAAAUUAUAAAUUACAGCACGGCUAAGAUGGGCUAGGGAAAAGGCAAAAUGUAUAUCGUUUGUACCCAUUCUCCAAGCAUGUUAGCCUUCGUGCAAAUAGUAUCCUAAUAAUAUACUUUUCAUGUCAAACGGGUUUAAACUUUUUCUUUCCCCUGUUGCUUUGCUUUGGCAUAUGGAUAAGCAUUAU